AUGGGGUUUAGUCUUAAUGCUGAAUUAUCCAAGAAAACUCCCAUUUUUGGUCUCAAAGUUUGGGAAUUAAUUGGAAUUGUAGUUGGUUUGUCUAUCAUAGUCAUUCUUUCUGUGGUCUCACUUUGCCUCACGUCAAGGAAGAAAUAUAGAAAAGAGAAAGGCAGGAUUCCCCUUAGUCAAAUACCAACUGUCUCAAAGGAAAUCAAGGAAGUGCGGGUUGAACAAGUGUCAACUAAAGCAUUUGCUCCUCGUGAUGGAAUACUUCUUACAAUUCAGAACAAGUCAAGUGACACGGAAUCAGACAAUGUAAUGGUUCAUUUAGGUGUGGGGAAGAUGAAGAAUGGGAAUAGCAGCACUCACUCAGAUUCAUUUCGUUACACAGAGAAAGAUGGAAGUGGUUCACACUCACAAUCAGGAGAAGAAGGAAGCUCUGGUACGUUUACAGUGUACAAGCAAUCUUCUUCACACCCUGUAACAGCUCCCUCACCUCUAUCUGGCCUUCCGGAAUUCUCUCACUUGGGUUGGGGUCACUGGUUUACCUUGAGGGAUCUUGAACUUGCCACAAACCGUUUUUCCAAAGAAAAUGUCCUCGGUGAAGGAGGGUAUGGAGUGGUUUAUAGGGGGCAGUUGGUCAAUGGAACUCCAGUGGCAGUUAAGAAGAUACUCAAUAACAUUGGUCAAGCAGAGAAAGAAUUUAGAGUGGAAGUUGAAGCUAUUGGCCAUGUCCGACACAAAAACUUGGUUCGCCUUUUGGGGUACUGCAUUGAGGGAACUCACAGAAUGUUAAUUUAUGAGUAUGUCAAUAAUGGAAACUUAGAGCAAUGGCUUCAUGGAGGUAUGCGCCACCAUGGAUACCUUACCUGGGAAGCACGUAUCAAGAUUCUGCUUGGCACAGCCAAAGCGCUAGCAUAUUUGCAUGAAGCAAUUGAGCCAAAAGUGGUACACCGGGAUAUCAAGUCAAGCAACAUAUUAAUUGAUGAUGAUUUCAAUGCCAAGGUUUCUGAUUUUGGCCUGGCCAAGUUAUUGGGUGCUGGGAAGAGCUAUGUCACCACAAGAGUUAUGGGAACUUUUGGAUACGUGGCUCCUGAAUAUGCAAAUACUGGCCUUCUAAAUGAGAAGAGUGAUGUUUAUAGCUUUGGUGUUUUGCUAUUGGAAGGAAUUACUGGAAGAGAUCCAGUUGACUAUGGUCGACCAGCAAAUGAAGUGAACCUGGUUGAUUGGCUGAAGAUGAUGGUUGGAAAUAGGAGAUCAGAAGAAGUGGUGGACCCCAACAUUGAGGUGAAGCCAAGCACUAGAGCUUUAAAACGGGCUCUCUUAACUGCUUUGAGAUGUGUAGAUCCAGAUUCUGAGAAAAGGCCCAAGAUGGGCCAUGUCGUUCGAAUGCUGGAGUCAGAGGAAUACCCUUUACUAAGAGAGGACCGAAGACACCGAAGAAGAAAUCAAGGGGGUAGUGGAGAAAUAUAUUCUGACACAGACAGAAGUGAGGUUCAGGGUUCUGGAGAAGAAAGAAGAGGGUGA